AGUUGCGAAGCAUACAUCCACCAGGUCUUUCACUACGCCUUUCAUAUUAUUUGCUGAAUAAUCAUUUUUCGUGUAAAGCAACCGAUACCACAAAAAAUACAAACACCAACAUUAUUGAAACUAAAACACAAACUUCAGAAAAAAAUAUAGAAAAAAUGCGUCAGUUCGACUGCAAUAAAUGUCAAAAGAGGUUUGCAACCAAAAGUAAUAUAAUCCGGCAUAUUACGGAAUCGCAUUCCAAUACUUCCAAGGCAAAGAAAGUGCCUCGAAAAAAUAAAGUUAUCAAUCGAAACAGAAAAAGCAACAUGGAUACUCAAAAAAAAAAUCGCACAUUUAAUUGUGGUAUAUGUUUAAGGGGGUUUUCAUCGAAAUCACGCCUAAAAACACAUUGGCGCGUUCAUACCGGCGAGAAACCCUAUAAAUGCGAUGUGUGUGAAAAAUCCUUCAGGCUACAAUUUAUUCUCAAGAACCAUGCACGUAUACAUACCGGUGAAAAACCAUUUAAAUGCGAUGUCUGUGGAAAAACAUUUGCUUAUCAGGCAAACCUCAAAAGACAUGAAAGGGUACAUACCGGAGAGAAACUUUUUAGAUGUUAUGUCUGUAAAAAAACAUUUGGUCAUCAGUCAUCCCUCAAAACUCAUGAAAGGAUACACACUGGCGAGAAACCCUUUAGAUGCAAUGUCUGUGAAAAAACAUUCAGUGGACAAUCUUCCCUCAAGACUCAUGAACGCAUACAUACCGGUGAAAAGCCAUUUAAAUGCAAUGUCUGUGGAAAAACAUUUGCUUAUCGGGCAAACCACAAAAGACAUGCAAGGGUACAUACCGGAGAGAAACUUGUUAGAUGUUAUGUCUGUGAAAAAACAUUUGGUGAUCAGUCUUCCUUGAAAAAACACGGAAGGGUACAUACCGGAGAGAAGCUUGUUAGAUGCAAUGUCUGUAAAAAAACAUUUGGUGAUCAGUCUUCCUUGAACAGACACGAAAGGGUAGUACAUGCCGGAGAGAAACCCUUUAGAUGCAAUAUCUGUGAAAAAACAUUUGGUAGACAAUCACACCUCAAAACUCAUGAAAGGAUACACACUGGCGAGAAACCCUUUAGAUGCUAUGUCUGUGAAAAAACAUUCAGACACCAAUCAUAUCUCAAACCACAUGAAAACAUACACACCGGGGAGAAACCCUUUAAAUGUGAUGUCUGCGAAAAAAGAUUUGGUGUAAUAUCUAACCUCAAAAGACAUGAAAGGAUACACACUGGCGAGAAACCCUUUAGAUGCGAUGUCUGUGAAAAAACAUUCAGUCUACAGGAUUCACUUAAAAAACAUGAAAGGAUACACACCGGCGAGAAACCCUAUAAAUGCGAUGUCUGCGAAAAAAGAUUUGGUCAAAUAUCUAACCUCAAAACUCAUGAACGCAUACAUGUUGAUAGGGUACGAUAUAAAUGCUCAGUCUGUGACAAAUCGUAUGGUCGCCAAAUUUAUCUCAAUAAACAUAAAGCAAAAGCACACGACUAAAGCCUCAUAUACCUCUCGUGACUAACAGAUUUAAAAUACUUUAAGUUACAACUUUGUGUUGUUUUUCUUUUUUUUUUUUUUACUUAUGAUUUAAUUCGUACUCAUGAUAUACGUGUAUACUUCAUAGUUUUUCAAUGUUUACUGCCGUUCAACUGAUCACUAACAUUA